ACAGUCAGGCUAUCCUGCUAAUGCCCUUAACUAACUGCUCACAGGAUCUACGAAGCUGCAGAUAUGUCCACCGAGCUUCCUGCAGAAACACCAGUUGCAGAAAUGGACACUUUCACAACUUCUCAGACAAACAGUUCUACCUGUGACUUGUAUGAACAUAAGGAUACAGCAAGGAUAAUCCUAUCUGUGUUCUACAGCCUCAUCUUAAUCCUUGGAGUACUCGGAAACACAAUUGCCCUCACUGUCAUUUUUAAAAACAGAAAGAAGAUAAACUCUACUACCCUCUAUUCAACAAAUCUCGUCUUCUCAGAUCUACUGUUCUGUAUUGCCCUGCCUACAAGGAUAGCCUACUAUGCCCUGGGAUUCCACUGGCCAUUCGGAGAAGCGUUAUGUCGAAUAACUGCUCUCUUGUUUUACAUUAACACUUAUGCAGGUGUGAACUUCAUGACAUGUCUGAGUAUUGACAGAUUUUUCGCCGUCGUCCAUCCAUUCCGAUACAAGAUCAGAAGGAUUAAAUAUGCCAAGGGCAUUUGUGUAUUUAUCUGGUUUCUUGUAUUCAGCCAAACUUUCCCAUUGCUUAUACAGCCCAUGACACAUGAAGAAAAUGAAAGGACUACAUGUAUGGAAUAUCCAAACUUUGAAAAAAUAGCCCAUUUACCAUUUAUACUUCUUGCCGCCUGUUUAGUAGGAUACCUUAUUCCCCUUGGAAUUAUACUAUUUUGUUACUCUCAAAUUAGCUGCAAACUUUUUCAAACGGCCAAGGAAAAUCCACUGACUGAAAAAUCAGGGAUAAACAAAAAAGCUAUCAAUACAAUCCUAUUUGUAAUUAUAGUGUUCAUCAUCUGCUUUACCCCUUAUCAUGUUGCAAUCAUACAACACAUGAUUAAGAAGCUUCAGUAUCAACCCUUAUGCAAUGAAAACCAGAUUUUCCAGAAGUCACUCCAUUAUACUGUGUUUCUGAUGAAUUUUAAUUGCUGUCUAGAUCCUUUCAUCUAUUUCUUUGCAUGCAAAGGAUACAAAAGGACUGUACUAAAAAUACUGAGGCGACAAGUGAGCGUAUCAAUUUCAAGUGCUGCCAGAUCACACCAUGAAGAAAGUUCACGCGAUGUGGGAGAAACACAAAUGAUGGUACUCGCAAAGUCUGCCAAUGGGAAGUUACCUGAAAAAUCAAGUCUGUAGUGUACUGCAGUGAACUGGGCUUAAAAAUCCUGGGUCCAUGGUAAAAAUUCUUAGCAUUCCCUGUACAGUAGCUUCAGGAAGAUUCUGUUUCUCAGGAUGUCAGGAAAUCAAGGACUGAUGUUAGACCGAAAAAGAAUUAUCACACGACAGCAGGAAGACUCAAAAUUACAACUUCCUAGCUACACCAUUUUGACUGAUCUCAUUCCUUUUUCCAGGAAAUGCACACCAUUGUGAAUGUCCAAAUUCCAUGCUGCACACACAUACUCCUGGAUGUCAUUAACUCAAGCAAAGACUUGACUCAGUUUAACUGGAUGCGCCAAAAAUAGCUUGUAACUCAGAGUUAAAACAACUAGCACACCUGAAAAUUGCAAGAGCUCUAGCUGAGCUACAAGUACAUCUAUGUACACAAGGCAAGCAAUCAGAUUUUUAGAUAAAAUGGACAGCUUCUACGCACAGUUUGACUACUGCAAGUGCUUAGUUUAUAGUCAUCUGGAGGUAAAAGUGCAUUUUAUAGUACUUAGAGAUUAUAGAGUACUAUAUAGAUUACGUAUGUCUUACUGGAAAAUUCACAGAGAUACUUUUGUCAAAUAUAAUACAUGAAAAUUUAAUGAACUCUUCAGUUCUCCCCAAAACUGACUGUGCUCCAUACUUCAGUCACUCAUCUUUUCAAGGUGUAUUACCUCUUGAAUCCUAAGGGAGAACUUUUCUUUCCAGUGUGUAUUAUAAAGAGACUCUAAGUUGUAUAUAAAUUAUUUAUGAAUGCAGAAAUAAGUUGAUGCUAGAGACUGAAACACAAAAAGUGCACUGUUUUGGUUAAAAGAACAUGUAUACAGGCUUCUUCUUCAGAACUUCUGCUGAGGUCUGAGUCUCAGACAAGACAAAUGUUUUAGAAACAGGAAUAAAAGUUCACUGUUGAAGCUACCAAAAAGUAAUUUAACCGCUUAUCUUUAAUCGGAUGAGCACUGUUUAUCUGAGAGAGCUACAAUGAUGGUAAAGGGAUUGUACAUGAAGAUGCAUGAGGAGCAUCUGAGGUCAUCUGGUUUGCUCAUCCCAGAGCAGAGGAGCUCAGGGGAGGCCUCAUGGUGGCUGCAGCUCCUCACAGGGAGCAGAGAGGCAGCGCUGAGCUCUGCUCUCUGUGACAGCGACAGGGCCCGAGGGAACAGCGUGGAGCUGUCAGGGGAGGGGCAGCUGGGGGUUAGGGACAGGGGCUGCACCAGAGGGCGGUGGGCAUGGAACGGGCUGCACAGGGCUGUGGGCACGGCCCCGAGUGCCGGAGUUCAUGAAGCAUCUGGAUACUGCUUUUAGACAGAGGGGCUCAUUUUUGUGUGGUCUGUGUGAAGCUGGGAGUUGGACUCGAUGAUCCAUACGGGUCCCUUCUGACUUGGGAUAUUCUAUGAUUCUAUGAUCAAUAAAUGGAGUCAGCAGGAUUGGCUGGGAAAGAACUAACUUUUCCACCGUGCCUUCACAGAGCACAUCUGGAAUGCAUUUGGGCACACUGAAAUGGUGCCCGAAGAGACCAAAUGACAUAAACACAUCCUACUGGAACUGGCUGACUACCAGCAUACAUCCAGGAUGUGGGUCUUGGGUUCCUGCUGUCAUACCCUUCCGUAACAUGUCAAUUUCCUUCCCUGCUUUAUUUCUGGCCCCCAUGUCUUUUCUUUUGUCUUCUGUCUUAUUAAUAUACCUUCACUUGCCAACACAACGUGGUAAUUACACCAAGUGAUGAAAAAGGAAAUCUAAAGAACGCCUGAUAAUUACUGGCAAAAGGUAGGCCAGAUGUCAGAAUAAAUUUUAUUUACUGCAGCUAUGUCUCUCCAGCAUUGAGACUGUUGAGAAAAGUCGCCAAAUAAACAGUUACAUUUGCCAUCUUUGCAAUUUCUUCCUUCCUCACGUGUUGACCUCCUCCUACCAGCAAACACGGAAGGGUUGUAGCUGAAAAGCAGUAUGGAAAAAUUAAUUAAUAAUUACUUUAUUAUGGGAAAGAAAAAGCAAGAGACCCUGUAUUUCAUACCACUUAGACUGUCAAAAUGCAAUUUCCAGUUCCAGAAGACACUAUGUUGCCACAGUAAAGUGGAAUAUGAAAAUUUGUUUUUAACAUGAGAAGUUUCACUUAAUUCUGUAUAUUAUAGCAGUCCUGUUCUUGCCAGUUUUUUUAAUAAACUAUUUAAGAAUU